GGAGUAAACAUCAUGCUUUGAAUCAGAAUAGAAAACAGCUCAAAAGUAAAAAUACAUAGAAGUGACAACGUUACAUAUUACUUAGCAUAUAUUCUAAUCAGACAGCUAAAAUGAACAUAGCCAUUAAUUUCUAAUGUUCACACAUGAAGCAAUAUUUGCAUACCCCUUAAGUAAGAAAAGUAAGAAAAGAAUAAAUGCAUGAUCAGUUGAGGAUGAAGGUGAAACCAUGAGUCGCAACAUGAACAAUUUCACGCCUUUGCCGGGGCUUUGGAGAACAGGUUCUAGAGCCUAUGAUGAUGCUCCUCACACUUCCAGUAAUACUCAUCAAUCCAAUGAAGUUCCUGUGUUUUACCGAUCUCGUCACUCUACUAGGACCAAUGAUGAGAGGAGUUUAGGUGCACAAGAUCCAUUAAGGUUGUGGGAAAUCAGAAGAACUCCUACAGAACAUCAUAGAGCAUCAAAACAUGGUUUAUUGGGAAAAAAUUGCAGUUUUCCAGCCCAACCUCAUAGAAGACAACAAACUUAUGUUCACAAUGAAGAAAUGGGAAGAAGAGGUUUCAACCCAUCCAGACUCAGACAAAAUUUCCAGCAUUGACCUGUAAGAUCAACAUCAACGCCUCAAACAAACACACAAGUUCCGCAUGUGGUAGACCAAAUUAACUAUUUUAAGCAAGUUACGAAAAAUAGUCUAUAACCCUAUGCCAACGCGGUUAGCUAGAAAGUGAGCUUAUAUUAUAGAGAAAAUGCUUCGAAAGAUUUGAAAGAGAGUGUGAGAGUACUGAGUCACUGGUUUAUUGGUCGAACCACUGGUCAUUGGUCAAAUUGCAUCACUAAAUCGGAUUAAACUGAAUAACUUGGUUGAAUAGAUCGGUCGUUAUAACAAAACUAAAAAAAAUAUAAAAUCUAUCGAACCGAAUGAUUCAGUCUCUACAAAAUAUAACUAGCACUUAAAUUUUUUUAAAAUAUCAUAUCAUAACUAAAUUCACAAGUUCAUAAUUUAAAUUCAAGUUUUAAACAUUGGUAUCACACAUAACAAAGUAAUACAAAAUUACAAAGUAUAAUUGCAAACAAAGUUUAAUCGCAACAUAAUCUAAUUGAAUAACUUAUAACAAAAUAACUUCAUUAUCUACUAAAUUUAAUUUCAAGGAAGGGUAAAUUGUUUCAAUGUUGGGAUCUCCUUCUUCAAUAUCAAAAUCAUCCGCAGCAAAAUCAACCGCAUUAUUUUUAUUUUAUUUCUUUAUUUUAAUUUUUCAUUAAAAUAAUCAAAAUGACGUCGUUUUAAUUUUUUUAAUUUAAAAAAAAUACUUAAACCACCAAGUGUUUAGAGAUACCACCUUUAACUACUAGUUCUCUUUUGGUUUUACAACAACAUAUGGGUGACAAUAAACUUAAUAUGGUUAACAUGCUUACCCGGAAAAUUGGUAUUGUGUUCAAUCCUCUAAUCCAAAAAACUAAUAAUAGUUACCAGCAAUUAGGACAUCAAAUAGGUUGAAUUGCUGAUUUUUUUGGUGCUCCUCAAACCCCAUUCAAUCAGUUCCUCAAAUCCAAGAAGUUGGGCAAUCCAAAAUCCUGAAGUUGCAAAUAAUGAAGAGAUUCCUAAUAAUCAAGUGCAACAACUAGUUAUUUCCCAGGAGAUCGAGCAGCCUAUACCCAAAGUAGUCGAAGGAGACUUAGGUCAAAACAACCCAUAUGUAAUAUUAGUGAAUAGGAACCAAGGUGCAUAUCAAGUGGUUAGGAGAGUCCAACAAAAUAAUUCUUGGGGAGGGGGCAAAAUAACAUAGCCAAUAUAGUUAGCCCAAAAUGGUGUUAAUGUUGUUCUUCAUAGGCUAAAUUUAGUUUUUGCCUUAUCUGAGUACGUAUUGCAAACUAUAAUUCCUGAAGGUGCAAAGAAACACAAAAAAGGAGGGUUUGAAUUGAGUUUCUUCUAUGUUCAAAAUUUUCGUUCAUCCAAACACAAACAACACAAAUGCAACAAUGAUAAAAGAACACGAGUAUUUUUAUUCUGGUUCCCCUCUAACUAGUUUAGUCCAAUCCACCCGCCAAGGUGAUUCCGCCUUCUCAUUAAGGUUCUAAUCCACUAAUCAAAACUUUGAUUACAAACUCAAUGAAUCGCAUUCAAAGAAUUCUCAAGAAUCCUAAAUAUGUCGUAGUCCCUAAAGGAAAUUACAACUCAAAGGCAAUCUGUCAAUAACUUCUUGAGUAAUCUGACUAACACUUAGUCACUCGAGGAAAUCAAUCAAAAUGUUAAAACAAGAAGUGUGUGUUUACAGAAUUUCUCGAAAAGAGUUAAUAAGCUGUCAACAAAAGGUAACAAUGUCCCUUUGGUAAUUUGGUAUAUCCCUUCAAAAAAUUAGAGGCCACACGGUAAUUUCCCACUACCAAUGGUCGAUAUCUCCAUAGAACUGUUCGAAUAACAAUAUAGCAUCCUCGAUGUAAUCAGAAUGAUAACUACUUGGAAUAUAGGGGCAUAUGUUAAACAUUUGUCGCUCCUUAAAGUACCACAUAUGGAUGUCUUCAUAGGGUUGUUGGUUCCAGAAAUAACAAACGUUCCAUCAGGCAUCUCUUUGUGACGACUUCAUAGGCAA